AUUCCUGGAUUUACCACAAUCUGGAGUGAUGAAUUUUAGUCGAAAGCAUGAGAAAAAUCAGAAUAAGGAGAAAAUUCUGAAAGAGCAAAAGACAUAAUAUACGCCAUCUUGGUUAAUGUAACUUGGUAGAAAUGGAUGACAGUGAAUGGAACUUGUUAAUAGUUCGCGCGUGAUGUCAUUUGCGCGAGUGAAAGCAAGAUGCUUAUUAGCGGGUAUCUCAUAUUCGCUAAACUCCUACGUCAGCGCGGCGCGAGAUUGUCCGAUCGUCGUGACGAAUCAUCGUCGUGCGAGCGCAACGGGUAUCGCGCAAUGAUAACGUAACGUGCUACCUACAUGUGUGCAACGCAUGCCCGGUAUGAUAAUAUAAUUCAUAUAAAAUGUCAAAUCCAUCGCGGUCGCACACGCGGAGAGAACAAUACUUUAUAACUGUACAAUAAGCACCGUCCAUUUACUCCCAUGACGGUACUUACUUCGCCGCGAUUAUUGUCACGCUCGGUGGUUGUGCUCGUGUCUGCAUCCAGAAUUAUUCUCUUACACGAACGCUUACUUAUCCGCAUACUUGGCCCUACAGAACCAAGCAAUAUGAGCUACAGGACCAAUAUAUCGAUAAGUUUUGGGAUGUAUGUAAGACGAAAGCUCUCGAAUAAACACGCGAGUGCAUCGACCGCGUCGAUGCCACGGCUUUCCCAUGUGCGUGCGCGCGUGUGUGUGAUUGCAUUUGCAUCAACCAUAAAUAUUUAGUUAUUUAUCUUAUUAGUAGUAGUGGAUGGUUUGGAUGGUUACGAGAGUUACGGUCGGUGACCGUACGUUUCGGCCCGGUGUUUCGUGCCAGUACCAUGAUGUUGGUGGCUGUACCCAAUCAUCCAAGUUCGAGCUUAAUAAUCGCAAUUUUAUUGUGAAGUUUUGCUAUCAACGGCUCGCGUAAUUAAUAUCCUUUUAAUAUAAUUUUCGCUCUGAUUUUUAAAAUGCUCGAGUCACUAUGUAGGGAUGAUGAGUGCUGCACACAAGAAAUAAAAAUUGCGCUAAUUAAAACUGCCAUUUGGUUCUCACUGAUUAGAUAAUAUUUAUUCAUUUAUUUAUUUAUUGAACGGGAGUGAAACCCUCUGGUACAAGUAUAAACAAAUAAGUUGACAUCAGUUGUGAAAAUCGCGAGAUUGUGCAAAUAACAUAAUAAGCAUAAAACCAUAAAGCAAUAGAAAGCUAUCCGAAAUAAUUAACAAAGAAAAAUUCAAUAUUUAAUCAUAAACUUAUUCCAAAUUAACUAAUUCCAAAAAACGAGGCAGAGUAUUUUUUAACUUGCUAGGGGAGACAACGAAGAAAUCAAUAUAAGCUGAAACACAGUUCGCCAUCAUACAAACACGGUUUAACGGUUUGUAUUUACCAUACGAAGUUCUAUGAGGCUCAACAAAGAACAACUCAUGAAGUCUCAAUGAUCUUCCAGGGAUAUCCGAUACGCUCCAGCAAUACAGGACAAUCAAUUCUAUUGUUAAUUAAGUUAGAAAUAAACACAAAAUCUGAUAUAGUUCUACGCUCCUUUAGCGUUAAUAGGUUUAAUUCCCUCAAUAAAUAAUCGUAGUUAUGAUCAUAAAGAGUCAUCGGUUUGUGUAACUUAAAACUAACACUACGGAGAAAACGGUGUUGCAGUUUCACGAGCAAAUCGCAAUGAAUCGCCAGAUAGGGAGCCCACACUACUGAAGCGUACUUCAAUUGGGAUUUCACAAGGAUGCAAAAUAACAGUUUCAAUGUAUAUACAUUAUCAAAAAGUUUACAUGCAUCACAAAGCCAAGCUUCCUGAAUGCCAAGUUUGCAAUAAAGUUUAUGUGCUUAUCAAAUGAUAAAUUAUUACAAAAUAUUACUUCAAGGUCGCGAAUGGAGUCAAUAUUAAUAUUCUAGAACGGAAGUUGAAUGCACUUGCAUUUAUUAAUAAAAAGCGAUGGGCCAGCAAUCGAAAAUAAAGUCAGUCAAGAAGAGGAGAUGAAAUUUAAUAUUUGACAAGAUUUACUGAGAAAUAUCGUCUUCUCCUUGCACCAUUCAGUGCGUUAACGUCUCCCUCGACUGUCUUCGAUCAUCCUUAAUCUUAUCUGCGGCACCAUUUUGCGUAAAUGUGGUCGUCGCCGAUCGUGGGCCCGACGAACAAAGAGGAUUACGUACCGCCAGACAUCGUCAAGUAUCCGCGACUAGGACAACGCAAGGUGGGUAGUGGAUAUGUGGACGGGGCUUAUAUGCAGCGGUGCAUAUUGCACGUGAGGUAGGAGAGCCACGACUUGCCCGGCAUUAGUCACCGUUCGACUCGCGGCGCAAACCGCGUGCACGCAAGUACGGAAUUUCGAUUUCCCCAGCGAGUCGAGCGGAGUCACAGUUGUGCCGACGUGGCCAAUUCCCCGUGUAACACGCGCGCCGAAUUUAUUCGUCGCGGGUGAUGAUCGCGAAAAGGAAAACCGUAUGAUUGCAUUGGCCGAUCGUAUGGGGACGUCGUGAAACGUCGUAGUUUCACUGGCCGAUCGGCGUUGUCUGUUUUCGAUGCGCGGUGCGUAGAUCUCAACCUGAUGUCGGUGCUAGAAUCCGAAACACGUCUGUUCGUGAAUGCAGACGCACUUUUCGUACAUUGUGAGGAAUGAUGAAUACUUGUCUCUCAAGAGAAAUGUGAAUCAGUGUGCUCGUUACGACAUCAAAGAAUAUCAGGAGUAUUGCGUUACGUUGCUCGUUGGUGGAAGUGUUUCUUUGUUAUUUUUCGCGAGAUACACGGUCCAUGCAAUCGUAAUUAAAAAGGAAUAUGUUUAAUUAACAUAGUCGAAGCAACAGCGCUGCAAUCGGUUAUUACCGACCAUCAAGACGUUUCCUUAAUGGCUCACGCUGAGUUCUAGAAGCGGCGCUGAAGGAACAAAACGCUCGCUCAUAGAGCAAUACACACGCGGCACACUUACGCGUGUAACGGUACAUUCGUGCGUGAAUCCUUUCGACCGCAUUGAGUUCGCGCCGACAGAUUAAUGACGAGCGUUAAGAAGAGAUUAGUGGACGUCGCUUUGUCGGACGAAAGGCAUUAAAACGUCGCUGCAAGGAGGUGCUUCCUCCGGGCAUACCGAGUGCGUUGGCACCGACGUAGGUGGAGAAGUCCUCGAUGAAACCGGGACGAGUCGGGAUAUUUGAAUGAAGAAAAAUCGACAUCUCGAUUUCAUCAUUUCAAGUGAAUUGCACUUGGAUCGCGACUCGGGUCGAGUCGGACCGUCGCGAUUGUCUUUACGAGUAGUCAUACUACGUAUUGGAGAUUGGAGAUUGCGAAUUGGUGAUUGGAAUUUAACCAAUUAGAACAAAGCAGACCGAGAUUACUUUGUUCUGAUUGGCUAAAACGUAAUAGACCACGAUUUUCAAUAAAAGGAAGCAAGCGACUUCCGGAACACACCGCACAUGUAAUUUUUCACGGUGAAGAACGCGCGUCACGAAACACUGAUUACAGAUUGACCGAUCGCUUUCUCCUUCCUCCUUCAGCCACGAUGAUAUCGUCUGGAUAUCGAGUAGUAACUUAGUCACGAUAAGUCGGUACCGCGAAGAUAUGUUUCCACGCGGAUUCACGCGGGCUGUAUAAUUUUACGCGACAAUCUCGCGCAAUCCAUGGUGGCGACGGCGAUCUUAUCGAAGCGAGAUAGUCGCGUAUUUAGAUCGCGCGCAAGGUGCAGCCGUGGUUUCCGGAAAGCCCGCGGGUGCCGAUUUCACGGCCGAUCUGCACGCAUGAUCGGCUCGAUGCGCAUAUGCGCGUGCGCAUUUGCGAGAUUCGUCGAUGCGCACCAAGAUCCCGUGACGUAGUAUUCCGCACCGUUGGUUACCAGAUACCGACGUAAAUAAUCUGCCGUUAUGUAAAGUACACCGCCGAGCAUGAUGACGCCAAUGUUACCGCGUUGAAAUAUAGCGGAACAACUCGAUUGCGCCGAUAAGUCACUCGAAACGUUCGGAUUUGCUCUUCUCGCUUCGUCGCGCGGCAACGCGGCUUUAAGAAUGUAGAUGAGUGAACAUGCGAAAUCUAAACAUCAUAAAAAAUGUUUUCGUAAACAAAAAAUUUCGGAAAUAAGAAACAUGCCUGUAAAGUUUGGAAUUGUUCACUAGGUAUUUGAAUAUUUGGUGUUUUAACACGUACUCUUAUGGGACUACGCGAAAAUUGCUCGAGAAGACACACUUCAAUACGAAAAAAAGCGAAAUCUGAACUCAUCCAUAACUUUUCAAAAAUAAGUAGAUGGAUGUUCAACGAAACUGUUUAGCACACUUUUGUUAUGAUUCACUACUGAAUUUGUCAUAAAUCACAAAAUAUUAUCUUAACAAUUUCUCGGUUUCCACAUUUCUAGAUAACUGAUGACAAUAUGUCGUCUUUUUUUGUUUAUUUCUUCUAUAUUCAGACUGUACUAUAGUACUGAGUGAUUUUAAUUAUUGCAAAAAUUUUACUUUUUAAUAAUUUAAACAAAAAAAUAUGCAUGUACUCUGAAACCUGAAAACUUUGUUCACCUUUUAGUUCAUUUAAAAUAAUUUUCUAGAAGAAAUAAACGGAAAAGACGACAUAUUGUAAACCUCCAAUUUUGACUAACUUUUUGAACAGACAGUCCAUCAUCUACAUCCUUAAAGCGACUCUGUUCCUCUUUAAAACUCUUACAUAAAACUCUUGAUGAGAGAUGUACCGGUGGAGUAACGCGGAGAGUAACGAGGAAUAUAACGAUAAAGAAUCAUGAGAAUGUAGAAGCAAUGCUAUAAGAGCAAGUGUUGCGUCAGAGGAAUGAUAAAUAAUUUAAUUUUCAAUGUUUAACAUAUAUUCAUUACGAUCCAGGAAUACAUUUUGCAUUUUGUGUGUUUGCGUGUCAAACGUAUUUCUACACGUGUAGAAAAGUGUCCACAGCUUAAUAUUAUAAACGAGCGAGGCGCCGUUAAGAGCAGUUGAUCAUUGGUUUCGCGCUCGAUUAUGCUUGGUAUUCGCUUAACGCAACACAAACGAUCCGAGACACGAACUGAACAGAUAUUUCGUGCGGCUGAUCAAAAGACGCAUGAUUUAUAAGGCCCCGUAGGAAUGUCGUAGCUUAACGAGCGUGGUUAACGGUACACUAAGGGAUCCCUGCUGAACGAUCGGUACUGGAAUUGCCGAUCGCAUGUGGGACGAUAGCAAGAGACACACCUUACUGUCACCGCACUUUGUUAUGCGCUAAUACUUGAGAUUCCUGGACCAUCAGACGACAAGGUCGUUCGCCCGCGACGUAUCGUUGCCGAAAAAGCUUCUCAUCUCCCCUCUUUCUCCCCUUAACAGAUGUUCUAAUCGAUUUCUCGGCUACGCGCUUCCAAAUGAGAAUACGGCGACAUGUAUGGGAUCGAAUUCGAGACGCAUCAUCGAUAGAACGUGACUUGUAAAGCCGACAAAAUGAUGUUUCUUGGCUCGAUGAAAGCGUUUCUGGCUGUCGCUUUAAUACGCGUCAGUUCAAGUGCUGGCAACGGUGAUUUCUCAACGGAUCGAGCGAGGAACGUCUCCGAGAGAUUCACAUCCACGACCACGUUGACGGUGAACAUCCGGGACGAUGACGACCAAGAUCCAUCCUUUAUUUAUCAAGGCUGCAUGCUUUUAGACGGUGCUUGCAUUAAUCCAGAAUACUCGGCGUCGGUGUCGAGCGGAGUGUUAUCCGGCAUACUCAAUAUCUCGCCCGAGAAAAUACAGGCGGUCGAUAUGGACAGCAUAAACGCACCGAUCCACUAUUCCUUCCUCAGUGGAAAUCCACCGAAUUAUCGAGAUUUUUUCGAGAUUAAUCCAAAUACUGGAGCGGUGAAACAGAUCAAAGCUGUUGACACGACGGUAACGAAGAAGUUUGAUAUUAUCAUUAAGGCGGUUGAAGUGUCAGAGGCGAAGCGAUCGGCCACUGCCAAAUUAACGAUUACCGUGAAACCGGUUGACAGCAAUCCGCCCGUUAUAACAGCAUCAAGUAUUGAAGGUUUCGUCGACGAGAACGCUCCAAUCGGUACAAAGGUCAUCGAUGAAAGUGGAAAUCCUAUUGUGCUCACCGUGUCGGAUGCUGAUCUGAGACCGGACGACCCGAAACCGGCAUACACCUUCGAGCUGACCACAACCUUCUUCGCGAUCGAUCCGUCUGGCGUACUCGUCGUAAACGAGGAGAAUCUGGACCGGGAUCCUCCGAGUCCCGGCCGUUUUCGUUUCCAGGUGGUCGCCCGAGAGAAAACGGGUGUGGCUGCAUCGUCGCCUUUGUCGUUCGUCGUGACAUUGAAUGAUGUUAACGAUAAUGCGCCGCUGCUUCCUAUGAUGUCGCCGAUCACUGUUCAAGCAGGGGAAACGAAGAGACAAGUGGCAAAGGUAGAAGCAACGGACAACGACGAGGGCGAGAAUGCUGAGAUAACAUAUAGUAUUUAUCAUGUGUCGAACAACGGCUUGCACAAAUUUAAGAUAGAUCCAAAGACUGGCGUCAUUGAGUCCGUGAGAAAAUUGAACGCGGGCGAGCAGUAUAGCAUCACCGUGCAGGCCACUGACAAGGGUGGCAAAUAUUCGCAGACGAUCGUCGAGGUGAACGUCAUUCCCGGACCCAACACUAGAAGCCCCGUGUUCCAGCAGCCAGUAUACGAGGUGCAAGUCAGCGAGGGAGCCUCUAUCAAUUCCACAGUCGCCACUAUCACCGCCGUCGAUCCAGAAAAUGAUCCGGUAUCAUAUUCGAUAGUAUCGGGGAAUGACUUACGUCAGUUUGCAAUCGGCGACAAAUCAGGCGUUAUUACCGUCAUAAGGAAGCUAGAUAGAGAGGACCUGACCCGAUAUCAGCUGCUGAUAAAGGCCGAGGAUACUGGUGGCCUCUUUAGCACCGCGACAGUCAAUAUUAUGGUUACGGACAUCAACGACAAAAAUCCCGAAUUUGUGGGUCUUCCUUACGAAUUUUCUGUCAAAGAAGGCGAAGCGCGGAAAUUAAUCGGUCGCGUGCACGCCGAAGACGCUGACGAGGGUAUCAACGCUGAAAUUACUUAUUUCGCGCCCGAUGACAUUCCUUUCACCGUGGACCCUGAAACCGGUGAUGUACUGACGAAAAUCGUGUUAGACUACGAGCAAAACGAUGAAUAUAAAUUCGUGGUAACUGCGAGAGAUGGAGCUCCCGAUUACCGUUUAGCAACCGCGACAGUCACAGUGAAAGUCAUAGACGUCGAAGACGAGGUUCCGGUCUUUCACCAAAGUAGCUACGAGGCACGUGUCAAGGAAAACGUGCCCGAUUAUAAUGUGAUUCAAGUCACGGCUGAUGAUCCGGAUACAAAGAAGCAAAUUACAUACAUGAUCAAGCAAGGGGAUACCGAACUCUUCAGCAUAGACUCAAAGACCGGAGUUAUAAAAACUAUCCGCGGUCUUGAUUAUGAAAGCCAAAGCCAGCACGUUCUUAUAGUAGGAACUGAAGAGAAUGCCAGUGAUUUACCCGGAUCCACUACCCGCGUUGUUGUCAAUGUUCAGGACGUAAACGACAUACCACCGGUGUUCACGUCGGUACCGCGUCCCAUUACACUGGACGAUGAUGUCCCCAUAGGGACGACCGUGAUUAAUCUCGUGGCUGCAGACUCUGAUGGCACCGCACCGGGAAAUCAUGUCCGAUAUGAGAUCAUCGGUCGCGGUAUUGCUAGCAAGUACUUCGUGAUCGACCCCGACACCGGUGUGCUCCGAAUACGGGACGAUCUGCGCAAGGAAACCGACUCCGAGUAUCAGGUCGACGUGCGCGCGUACGACAUGGGAGAACCGCAAUUGUCGUCCGUUACCACCGUGCCGGUCUACGUGCGUCAUGUAGCGACGGUACCCCCGGAGAUCGGUUUGGGCUUCGCGGAGAACUCGUACAACGUCGAGGUGCCCGAAGACGCCGGCGAUAACACGCUAAUAAAGAUAAUCACUAUUAUCAACAGUCACGCGCAUGACACCACGCCGCUCAGGUGCGAGAUUUAUAACGGCAACGAGGCCGGUCUAUUUGAGGCAAACGUCACGGAGGAGCGAAAUUGCGCGCUCAGGCUGAAGAAAGGCGCACUGGAUUAUGAGACGACGGAAUCCUAUCAGAUUAAGAUCAAGCUCGAGUCGCUCUCGGGUCUUUUGAACUCAGGCAGAAAUACGACGAUGGUGAAGAUCCAAGUGCUCGAUGUGAAUGAUAACAAACCUGAGUUUAUUUUCCCGGAGGCGAAUCAGAAGCUUACAAGGGGACGUUAUUUUGCGGCGAUUCCGCGUACCGCGCAAUUCGCGUCCACCGUCGUGCAGGUGAAGGCACACGACAAGGACAACGGCAAGUACGGCAAAUUGGAGUACAAGAUCCUGGAGGGACGUGGUUCUGGCUACUUUGCCAUUGAUGGUUCCACUGGGAUAAUCAGGACCACGGCUACUUUCGACCAUGUGGAUUUUACCGAGCUGCCAUUUAAGUUCGACGUUCGUGUGCGCGAUAAUCCCAACUCGACUGAUAAUUAUAACUCGAUCGUCGCACCGGUGAUCGUCAACCUAAUUGGGGAAGAGAACCUGAUGAUCCUGGUGGUGCAGGAUGCGGCGCCGGACGCGCUGCAGAAGGAGGCUGGUAAGAUCGCGAGCAUAAUCGAGAUGAAGAGCGGCCUGCUGAUCGGCAUUGAUCGGGUCGCGGUAAGAAAAAUCCUCACAAAGAACGGCACCGUCGAGAUGUUCCCGCAGGAUUCCGACGUGUGGUUUUACGCGGUCGAUCCGGACACGGAGGCUAUACUGAGUAGAAACAGCUCUAGAGUGCAGAGGUCAAUCAUGGAUAAAUCUGCUAUGUCGAACAUUACCUUUGACGUAUCUACAUUAAUACGAGCGAACGCCAUCGAUAUUCAUGCACCCAUGAUGCCACCUGAGCCGGUGAGAACGCAAACAGCGGUCGCGUUCAGUGGCGAAGUGUUCCCGUAUGCGUUGAUUGUCAUCGCAUGUGUAAUCCUGAUCCUCGGCAUUGCUGGAAUUAUUUACAUAUGCAUUUCUUGGUCUAAAUACAAGGCGUACAAGGAGCGUAUGCAACGCAUGUAUGUAGUACCGCGGUACGAUCCCGUCUACGUGGAGCCUAAUUUGAAAGAGUACGAGACACAGGUACUACAGAUGAGUGUGCCGGUCGACGAUAAUGACAGUUGCAACGAUUUACAGCUGGACUUCAGCAACAAGAAUCACGCUUUCAGCCUGGACAACGUCAGUUAUAUCACCAAAGAUCAUGGCGACAGUACUGGCCAACAAAGUCCGGUUAGCUCCGAAGCGGCGACGACAGCCCGGGCAUCUAGCAUUGUUGGUAAUCACGGUGAUAGCAAUGUCCAUUCCUUGCGACGGUCCACACUGAGCCGAAAAAAUCACAGCGUGAGCAACACGAACACUCUGAACAAUCGCGAUGCAACGCCGGUGCUUAACCCUCUGUACAAUCACGGCGGGGAUCUGCUGAAUCCUAGUCUGUCCAACGAUAAUGUCACUUUCAGAGAAAGGAAAGAUUAUUCGCAUCUUGGAUUUACGUAUCUAGGCGAGCAGAGUCCUGUAGAGACCACGACGGAAUUGUAA